AUGAGGCAGUCGCAAUCCAUUGACCCUCGCCGAGAGAGUGAUUUGCGAAAUGGAGUUCUUCCUUGUACAAAAAGUGCUUCCCUUCUUGCUCCUCGCGCUCCACAAUGUCGUGGCUCAGACGACGUGAUGAUCUACACAGACGAUACGAGAAUUGAAAACUCUGGGCCGAGCACACUCAAUGCCACUCUUGAGAUCUAUAUCGAUCCACCAGUGCCAAUAAAGUGUAUAAUCGCCGAAGAUCAGAUGGCAGACGGAACUGGUGGAGUUAUGACGCUCAAUUCGGGCGGCAUGAAUCACAACUGGGUCUUUCUCGACGUUCAGGGUCAAUAUGGUCAGGGAUUUCACUUCAAGAUCUCCAUCUAUGGCUUCGCGCCAUCGGCCAGCAGACGCACAGCAUGAGGA